AUGCCAAACGACUACAAGGCCGUACAGCGCCAAACGGCUCAGUAUGACCUCUUCAAUCGGCUCCACUCCAUCAGCUCCGACUCUGAAUUCGUCAGAGCUACCGCGGAGGCUUAUGACCACCGCUUCGAGGUGAUCCCCAAUCAAAGAUGCGGGACGUGGUACUGCGACCCCUCGUCCUCCUCGGCGGUAUACGCCUACUUCAAGUCGACAGACGGGCAUACCGGGAAUUGGGGCUUCAACAUGCGCCGCUCCAACUUGCCUUUUGCUGAAAUGGCAGAGACGAAGGGAGGGGUGAUCUUGGUUGAUUCCACGAGGAGGGGAAAAAGGAUGCCGGACGCGCUGAGCAAGACGGUACCUAUCUGGUGUGCGGUCAUCAACCGUGCUAUAGCUCGGAGGCGGAGAGGAGGCAAGGAGGAAGAGUGGGAUGGAGAGCUGUACACCCCACCUAAUGUGGUGUCGGGGAGCGAGAGGGCGCAGAUCGAGGAAAAGCUGGAUGGUUGGGCAGAGGCACUCGAGACUUCUACUCUACCCCUUCCUGAUCUCCUUCGACCCCUCCGUCCAUUCUGGAUCCACCCAAAUACGACUCAACCACCACAUAUCCCCCCUGAUCCGCCUUACACACCAAUCAUCUGCGUAUCCGCCUCGCGCUGGGUCGGCUCAGAGGACAACGUGCCGCUCGUGACCAAGCUGGCCGGGCGGACUGUAGGCUUCAGCUAUGUCCAAGGCGCAGGAGACGACGAUGAGCUUUGGUCCAAGGGCUUGACACCGGCGCUAUUUUAUCGGAACAAAGAGCGGCUUCUAGCGGUAGACAGGGAUGAUCUGGGCGAGCUUGUCGAGGAUAUCGUGGGCGGUCUGGAGGGACUCACAUCGAACCUCGGCGGUCUCAAGGUGGACGACGUAUCGGCCGUCGGCGUCCCCGGUCCCAGCUCAAAGCUCGCCCUCGCUAUCGGCGCCCCCUCCUCCUCGUCUACAUGGACCUACCCCGCUCCCAUUCAUACACUCCGCAUCAUCACUAUCGACAAGUCCAGAAAAGGCGAGCCGUCAACCUACCGCACAUCCCCCACCUCAUCCAUCUUCGCCUGCCACUCCGCACGAUCUCAUCCCGGCGCAUACACCCACGCACUAGACGACCUCGUUGAGCACGUCGAGGACCUCCUAGACGAGGAGUGCUCCAUCAUCCUUCGGCCGGGCACGUCGGAGCAGCUCGAUCAGGCGCUCAAGCUGGAAGAAGGGGAAACGGUUGAGCUGGAAGAUAUCAGCCUCUCGCCCGAAGAUGCUAUCGAGGGGAGAAGGACUAUACUGCCGCUGGCGCUGGUACUGCUGUUGUCGAUCCCGGACCUGGCUGGACAUUUGGCAGAGAGGAAUGGAUUGGUGGAUAAGGGGGUAAUAGCGGAUAUGCUGCAUCAGCUGGUGGCGCUGUGGCCGGACGGAAAUCCGCCGAGGGCGGCGCUGAGGAGGGUGAACGAGUAUCUGAUGAGCAAGCGGGAGUGA